AUGCAGGACGUCGACGCUGACGCAGAGCUGUAUGAGGCCGCGCGCCGCCUCCUCGGGAAGACCAAGCGCUGCAAGUACGUUGAGCAGGGGAUACUCUGGUCCGAGGUUGUCCCGAGCCUGCAAGUCGCCGGCUUCGACUCGCGAUCGCAGCGCGACAGCGACAGUGUUGAUAAGCGUGUCUCCACAUUGCUGGAGCGGUACCCGUCAGGUGUUGUGCCUGCCCAAGACGUAUCGCUGGGCCACGUUGGCCAGUGCCCACGAACGUGGCGGGACGUGCUUCCGAUGACGAUGCAAGAAAAAUUGGACAAGGAAGUGGAGACGUGCGCACCCGUGCUGUCGCACCUCGCUGUCGCCAGCGCCGCCUCGACGCCGCAGUUGACGCCGACCUUGCCGGCGAAGAGCAGCUUUGGGACGCUGCUUGUCUUCUUGUCGACGGCUUGCGAAGGCGGCCACGUCACAAUCAAGUACAAAACCUUUUCGACACCGAUGGUCACCGGCGUCAAAUGGGGCUCGUAUGCGGUGGUCCACCGCCGCGCUUCGAUUUCGAUGGCGCCUGUCGCAAGCGGACACGUCGUCAUUGCCGUCUUUGAUCUCGUUGACACGCACCCGCCGAACGAGGCGCCUCCCCUCUCGCCCGAGUUUGAGGCGACGGUCGCGGCGCUCAACGACGUGGUGGCAGCGCCUCGCGUCGCCCCGAACGUGGUCGGCUUUGCCUUGAAGCCUGCCGCUGGCCGCUCGCUCAUUUGGAACGUGCACCGCUCCGACGACUACUGGGCGUUCCUCACAGCGCUCCUCGAGACCAAGGCCUUUGACGUCGCCUCUGUCCAAUCGCAGCGGGUCGAGCCCAGCGGAGACGGCCCGUUCAAGAUUCACACUGGCUACCUCUAUCCGAAUCCCAGCCGUUUGGAAAUCACGUCGGCGCGCUGCCCGAUCCAAGGCUUUAUCGGCGGCGUUGACGUCGACGAGCUGGCUCGCCCAGGGACGAAGAAGUGCCUUGUGUUUUGGCCAACCGUGUGUCGAUCGCGUAUUCUUGGCCCGGAAGAUACCAUCUUCUCGCUUGCGACCAUCACCGACGCUGGGCUUCGCCGUCGCUGUCUUGAAGACACUCUGGAGGAUUUCCAAGGCAACCUCGACUUCUUUGCCUCAACGAUCCAUCGCGCGCUGGAGCUCUUUGGCGCCGACGCCCUCUUGCCGGCGCUUGAAGAGCUUUUCGCAAACUGGCAAACCAACUGGAUCGGUUUUGCGAACGGCGUCCAGCUCCUGGCCAGCCUCGCGGGCGUCUCGGCGGAUGCCGUUUGCGCCGGCCUGCCACUGUCGCGCGCGGAUGAGCUGCGCCUCUACAUGGUCCUCUUCCCCGACCCGACGCCCGAGCGCUUGUUGGAAAAUGAAAACUUGAUAACGGAGCUCAUGCAGGCGGCUCUUUUGGACGCCGUGCGCCUCGAGGCGUACCUCUGGGACGAUCCACUGCACGGCGUGAUGCUCCCAGAGCUCAUCCAACACGUAUACGCGUUCCGCUUGCCGCCGCCGCGCUUGGAAGCGCUCGUCAUCGCCAACGCCGACAUCUUCCCCCCGCUGACGGUCGUGGCACCAGUCGUUCUCGCGCUUGCGCCGACGCGCUUGGUCUGGUGCGACGAGCUCUUGCGGGUCGCGUCCUAG